UAACACUAGUAACAGUUGAACAGUAUCAAAUCUAAAAUCUGUGCAAAUUCUCAUUCCAGUUCACAGUGUGCAUGAACCUCUUGGACGGCAUGAGGAAUGCAGACGGGCCCAGGCUACAGGCAUUCCGAGACAGUGUGGCAGCCGAUGGGGAGUUUGAAGAGAUUGCCAUCAGCAUGGAAGUGCGUCGUGGGGGUCGUGACCCUGUGGAGGCUUUGGCCACCAUCAAGGAGGACUUCCUGGUUAGGCUUGUGGAAAACCUGCAAGCCAGGUUCCCCCGUACUGACCUCCUGGAUGCCAUGAAGGUCUUUGAACCAGCAUCCUACCCAGCGGACAACCAGGCCUUGGCGUACUGGGGGAGGGCAGAGCUGGAAACCCUUCUGGAUCACUACGCUGACCAGAAGCGGAGGGACGGCAACGUGUUUGAGGGCUACGUGGACAGGCACGUCUGUGUGGGGCAGUUUGGCGCCUUCAAACUACAAGUAGGAGUGCGGUUCAGAGGUGAACACCGAGUCGAUGACGCCGGUGUGAGGUACUUCCACAAGUACCGGCCCACAGAGCUGUUGGAGAAGAUGUUUGGUGGGGACAAUGUGGAAAACCAGGAGAUCUAUGGUGAGGUGUACAAGCUGAUGACAGCCUGCCUGAUUGUUCUCAUCAGCAAUGCUGAGGCUGAGAGGGUCUUCUCGUGCCAGAAUAGAAUCAAGACCAAGUCCCGCACACUGCUCUCCAUCGAUCAGCUCGACCGAUUGAUCAGGAUAAGUUAUGCCAAAGUGCCUAUGGCUGACUUUGACUUUGCAGCUGCCAGGGAGCUGUACCUCCAGGCACCCAGGCGCCUGUAGUUGGUGAUGUACUACGACUUUACAUCCCAGUCCCCUUACACAGUUGUAGUUUUUUUUUGUUUUUUGUUAACUUUUCCGUGUCCGCCACUGUGCGCCACAGUAUUUAUUCGAUGUCAGCUGUGUACAGGGAGCAUAGGGACAUAAAAGCAUUGUGUACAUCGUUAAGUAGUAAUUGUCUCAGGUUAUCUUUCCAUCCAUUGUAGCCAAGAAACAUAAAUGCAAAGUAAUGCUACAUUUGUUACAUCUUAGUCUAGUACAUUCUAAAAACAUGUGUUCAUAGUUUUCCAGCUUAUUGCAAAUAGCACAAAAAGGACAGUAUAGAUUUCCAGACAAAUCUCUUAUUUUCCACUUGUUUAGGAGGUACCUGCAAGGAAGUAUUUUAUGGAGCAAUUUGAACGUGACUUUGCGGAGCUUGUUGUAUCUGAUAAAGCAUAUCUGAGACUCCCAGAUAGCUUUCCAAUUAAGAUUAGGGGUUACAGAAUCCCAAUAUGCUUGGGCAAUAGGUUUUACAACAUUUUUCAUGAGACUUACAGAAUACAAACAUCUACUGUUAAGUUUAUCAAGUUAGAUAAUACAGGAAUUAAACCAUACACAAGUGUCACUGUGUCUGUGUCAUAUAAUGUUUUGCUAUUAGUAAA